CCAUGACAAGUGUCAAUCAAUAUAACGUUUCGACCGUGGUCAAUAAAAAAGAGUUCGAAAGUUCGGUACUUUUAAAGGAAUUAGAAGUCGAAGGUCGCUCCUUGGUAGCACGGCGUCCUCUUAUUCCAGGCGAUGUCAUUCUCGUUGAGGAACCUUUGAUCAAGUAUGACUUAAAGCCUACCUGUCGAUCUACAAAGUCCCCUUAUUUCUCCAAGAAACUUUGGAAAUCCCUUGUAGAUAUUGUCCAAGAACAUGAAGAACCCGUAGAGCACUAUGAAGAUGAUAAUACAAAAAAAGUGGAAGAGAAAGACGAAGACGAUUCAUACAGCGGAUAUAGUAGUGAUGAAGAGAGUGACGAAGAGGAGGAGGAAGAAGUCAAUCUUGAUUCGGAUUUUUGCCCCGGUGUACCAGCUGCUAUCAUUGCAUAUCUCGAUAUCCAUCCACCUACACACACUUACACCCAGAUCCGUCCACGUAAAUCAUUCCAGCCAGACGAUUUUGACUUCUUUUAUUAUCCCAACUCACAAGAAGAACCUCAAUGGUCAGAGCACAAAACCGUACAACUUGUUCGUGAUGUUGUACAAAGGGUUGUCGAAACCGAACCUUUGUAUUCUCAUGUUGAUCAAGUUGACCUGGUUAAUUUCAUUUUAAAAAUUUAUUCCAACGCACAUACAGUGGCACUUCCUAGAGCUAGAGAGAUACCCACCCACAGCCACAAAAAAGCUCGCCGGGAAAAAUACAAAGACAAGUUUGGAGACAACGAAACUUAUUGGGGUGAAGAUAUCGAAGACUUGGUGAUCACGCCUACGAUUGCACUUUUACGUUGGGGAUCAAAAAUGACCCAUUCAUGUACUCCCAACUUAUUUUUACGUUUCGAACCUGUUCGUAAUGCCAUGGUGUUUACUGUCAUUCGUCCUUUGGAAGUUGGUGAACCCCUUUCAUUCUCUUACUUGCCUGAGGAUGAUUUAUCCGUCGGCGGUUUAGUUUGUGGCACAGCUUUGGAUCGUAAAGCAAAACUUGAAAAGUUCAAGUUCUUUACCUGUACAUGCGAAAGCUGUAUGGAUUGGGAUUGGUCUCGCGGUGUUAUCUGUAACAAAUGUAACGAACCUGUGAAUUACCGUCACCAUAACGGCACAUGGAAGUGUUUCAAUUGCCAUAACCUGAAUGAACCCACUUUUAUUGGUGAUCGUGAAAAAAGUGUCACCCGGGUCUUGAUGGGAUUCGCUUCUCGUAUUUAUAGUAAUCGCAUAAAUCAAAAUAUGAUGAGUAUGUUGGAGCCUUAUUUGUUCGACUUAUUGGAUCCAGCAAAUAAGGAUCAAACUCCCGUGCCUAAGAACCAUUGGACUUAUAGUAUCGUACAUUCCCUUUUGGCUACGUACCAUUUAUUAUUGUUUCCAAAAGCAUUCGGUAAAGGGUUGGCUUCGCGUUUAGGCUUACUCGAGAAAGGUUUACAAGAAGCCUUGACUUACAUUCAGUUUUUUAACAAUACCAUUGGCUCCCAUAACAACUCUGAGUCAAAAUCACAUGGUAACCCUAUGGCCGCUUUCUUUGCUGGAUGGCGUAUCCUCCAUGUUGUCAUUGACCUUGUCAUGGAGGCCACCGAAAACAAGUAUGCAAACGUGACAUAUGAAGAAGACUCGUCUGAUUCUGAUUCUGACUCUGACUCUGACUCGGAUUCCGACUCAGGCUCUGACGCUGAAGAAGUUAAAGAAGAGGCCGUGGUGGCCGAAGAAGAGGCCACUGUAGCUAAAGAAGAGCUCGUAGAAACCAAAGAAGGAGAUGAAACUACACCCGCCGAGACUGAAUUGACCCCUUUACCUCAAGAGUGGAUUGCUCCCGUCACUGAAAUUUCAAAUAUCGUUAGCAACGAGUGGAUACCAUUAAUCGAAAAAGUGUUUAGAUGUCACAAUUCCCCUGUUGUAGACGACAUGCGAAAACAAAUUAAAGAUUUUGCUGAAAGAGUAAAGUUGACCUCCCAACCAUUAGAAUAGAUUUUUAAAAUUAUGUACAAAUUUAUUUAGAAUAAAUAAAUAAUAUGAAAAAAAA